AGGUGGAGAAGACGAACGCAAGUAUGAAUUAAUGCAUAACGGUGAUUCAAUGCGCAGUGCGAUCAAGCAGGUGGCUUCUGCACGUUUCGGUGUGACCAGUUAUUAUUUAACUGAGGCCGAUGAAUUACAAAUUAAAAUGGCCCAGGGUGCAAAACCCGGCGAAGGCGGGCAAUUACCGGGAUAUAAAGUAGAUGACUGGAUCGGUAAAACGCGUCACUCUACUCCGGGUGUGGGAUUGAUUUCUCCUCCUCCGCAUCAUGAUAUUUAUUCUAUUGAAGAUCUUGCGCAAUUAAUAUUCGACUUAAAAAAUGCGAACCGUGCAUCACGAAUUAAUGUUAAGCUGGUAUCGAAAGCUGGUGUGGGAACAAUUGCAGCGGGUGUUGCAAAGGCAAAGGCAGAUGUAAUAUUAAUUGCCGGUAAUGAUGGAGGAACAGGUGCAUCACCUAUUAGUUCUAUCAGGCACGCUGGAUUACCAUGGGAACUUGGUUUGGCAGAGGCACAUCAGACACUCGUAAGAAAUAAAUUACGGAGCAGGGUAGUAUUGCAGGCCGAUGGCCAGAUGAAAACAGCAAAAGAUAUUGCCAUUGCAACAUUAUUAGGUGCAGAGGAGUGGGGAAUUGCAACAGCAGCAUUAAUUGUUGAGGGAUGUAUUAUGAUGCGUAAGUGUCACAUGAAUACUUGUCCCGUUGGUGUGGCCACACAGGAUCCCGAAUUAAGAAAAAGAUUUACUGGUGAUCCGGAUCAUGUAGUUAAUUUCUUCAAAUUAAUUACACAGGAAUUAAGAGAGAUCAUGGCGCAGUUGGGUUUCAGAACAAUUAAUGAAAUGGUGGGCCAGGCUGAUUAUCUCGAGGUUCGCGAUGAUGUAAAGCACUGGAAAUAUAAAAACCUCGAUCUGUCCCCGAUAUUAUAUAAAGAACCUGCAUCAUUAUAUACAGGAUUGUAUAAUACAGAAAAGCAAGAUCACGAGAUGAAUGAAAUUCUCGACUGGAAAUUACUGGAGGCAGCAAAACCAGCACUGGAAAAUCUGCAGAAAGUAAAAGCGUCAUUCGAUAUCAGGAACACAGACAGAACAGUAGGUACAUUAUUAUCGAAUGAAAUAAGUAAGAAAUAUAAAGCAGCAGGAUUACCUGAGGAUACUUUACAUUUUAAUUUCAACGGAACUGCCGGACAAAGCUUUGGUGCAUUCAAUGCAAAAGGAAUUACACUUGAGCUAGAGGGUGAUGCAAAUGAUUAUUUCGGUAAAGGAUUAAGUGGUGCGAAAUUAAUUGCCUAUCCUCCCAGGCAAUCAUUGUUCGUUCCCGAAGAGAAUAUUAUCAUCGGUAAUACAUCUUUCUACGGUGCCACUUCAGGAGAGGCUUAUGUAAGAGGAAAAGCUGGUGAACGUUUCUGUGUAAGAAAUUCAGGAGCUAAGGUUGUAGUAGAAGGGGUAGGAGAUCACGGCUGUGAAUAUAUGACCGGUGGGUUAGCUGUAAUAUUAGGAGGGACAGGAAGGAAUUUUGCGGCUGGUAUGAGUGGUGGAAUUGCUUAUGUGUAUGAUGUAAAUGGCCAGUUCGAAUCAUUAUGUAAUAAAGAGAUGGUUGAUCUUGAUGCACUUGAUGCAGAAGAUGUUAUAGUAUUACAGAAAAUGGUUUCCGAUCAUGGAUGCCCUUUAGGAAAUAUUAUUCCUGAAUUUAAUGAUGCUGUCUACAGGCAAAGCUGGAAAGAAGCGUAUGAUAUUUUAUCAUCUACCAAUAAUUUUCCUGAGUUCACGGGGCGUAUAUGUCCUGCGCCAUGCGAGAGCGCAUGCGUGCUCGGAAUUAACCAGCCUCCCGUUGCGAUUGAAGAGAUCGAAAAACAUAUUAUCGAGAUCGCAUUUGAAAAGGGUUUUGUAAAAGCUCAUAAGCCAAACUUGCGUACAGGAAAAAAAAAAGUAGCCAUUGUAGGUUCUGGUCCGGCAGGUAUGGCCGCUGCUGCACAAUUAAAUGCAGCGGGACAUUCAGUAACCGUUUAUGAAAGAGAUGAUGCACCAGGUGGUUUAUUGCGUUACGGUAUUCCUGAUUUCAAAUUGGAAAAAUGGGUUAUCGACAGGCGUAUAGCAUUAAUGGAAGAAGAAGGUGUUGUAUUUAUUAAUAAUACAGAAGUUGGAAAGGAUGUUAGUGUAAGCGACCUGCUUCGCCAGUUCAAUGCUAUUAUAUUGACUGGGGGUUCAACUAUUCCACGCGAUCUGCCCGUACCUGGAAGGCAAUUAAAGGGCGUGCAUUUCGCAAUGGAUUUUUUGAAGCAGCAGAAUAAACGUGUAAGCGGUUUGUAUGAUGAUAAGCUCGAAGCCAUUUUAGCUACAGGAAAAAACGUAGUAGUUAUUGGUGGUGGUGAUACGGGAUCUGAUUGUGUGGGUACAUCUAACCGCCAGGAGGCAAAAUCAGUUACCCAGUUUGAGUUGCUUCCUAAACCAUCUGAAACAAGAACCGAUUCAAUGCCGUGGCCAACUUACCCUAUGGUAUUAAAAGUUACCAGUUCACAUGAAGAAGGUGCCGCCAGGCAAUGGGCUGUGGCUACAAAAGAGUUUAUCGGGGAUGAGAAUGGAAACCUUAAGGCUUUAAAAACUGUUGAACUGGAGUGGAAGAUAGGUAACGAUGGAAAGGCAUCAUUUACAGAAGUGCCUGGUUCACUAAGAAAAAUUCCCUGUGAGCUGGCCUUGCUGGCUAUGGGAUUCAUUCAUCCGCAACAUAACGGGUUAAUAAAUGAACUUGCAGUGGAACUCGAUGAAAGAGUGGCGGUGGCUGCGAUGUUCAGCAAACCCGCUGCUGAUUUUGUUCCGGCGGAAGAUGCCGCUUACAGUGCCGCAGAUAUUGCCUGGGUACUUGUUUCUUCAGCUCUUGUGUUUCUAAUGACUCCGGGUCUUGCGUUCUUUUAUGGUGGUAUGGUGCACCGUAAAAAUGUCAUCUCAACAAUGAUCAAAAGCGUGGUAGCUGCCGGUGUGGUUGGUGUACUUUGGAUCGUUUGUGGGUUCAGCCUGGCUUUUGGUGAGUCCAUCAAUGGAUUUAUCGGAAAUCCGCUGACUUUUCUAUUUUAUGAUGGUGUGAAGUCUGGAGCUCCAUGGCCCGGUGCUCCAACAAUUCCAUUAACAUUAUUCUCUUUGUUCCAAUUGAUGUUUGCGAUCAUCACUCCAGGACUUGUAGUGGGAGCAGUUGCAGAACGUAUCCGUUUCACCGGUUACAUCCUGUUCAUCGCAUUAUUCAGCUUAUUAGUUUAUGCUCCCUUGGCGCAUUGGUCCUGGCAUCCUGAUGGCUUCUUAGCUAAAAUGGGUGUAUGGGAUUUCGCAGGAGGAACAGUUGUACAUAUUUCUGCCGGCUGUGCUGCCCUCGCAGGAGCCCUGGUACUGAAAAGAAGAAAAUCUCAUAUCGAAAAGAAAGAAAUUCCACCAGCGAACGUACCGUAUGUACUGAUCGGUACCGGUUUACUCUGGUUCGGAUGGUUUGGAUUCAAUGCAAGUUCUGCCGUAGGUUCUUCCCUGUUUACAGUAGACGCAUUCGGGACCUACUUUGCACACACCGUAUUUGCUUUAUGGC